AAUACCUUUUAGUUAAAGGUAACGCGAGCUACAAUAAUUAAACUGCUGAUCAAACUAUGAGAUAUAUUCCAAACUUAUAUCAACAGUAGAAAAUGCUUCGCUAUAGAUACCCAGGAAAAAAGAGUACAGAUCUUUCAUUAAGGAUUAGUAAAGUGUUAGAAACAGGAUACGGACUGCAAUUUAGGAAAGAUAAAAAAGUGACUCAAUUGAUGGGAGAAUAUUUGGAAGAAUAUUUCCAUCAUUCUAAAUCGAUAACAAGCGGAGGAAGAGCAGAAUGUUCCAUACUGGGUCCUGAUAGCGACUCGGACGUAAUGGGAGUUAUUUGUGGGUAUUUAGUUGUAAACAACGCUAAUAUUAGAAGCAAAAAUAUCGUAUGUAUAUUAUUCGACAGGACAGAAUGUUAUCCGGGCUAUUGUAAGCUAACACUUUCAUCUGAUCAAUACUGUCAAUUUGAAAAACUCAGCGGAGACAAUUAUAUUGACAACGGAAUCAAAAGAAGUAUAGAGCAUUCCGAGACUAGAUACAUAUCUAGUAAAAUGUUCAAUCGAUACGUUAUUCCUCAAGAUUUAAUUCCAGGGGAUAGUUUUAAAGAUUCAUCCUUUCAGAUCAAUGGUCCAGCGAAAACAAACGUAAAUGUGGAUUAUGUGCACGCUUUUGAAAUGGAGACAUGGCCUGUAGAAUUCAAGCAAUGGAGAUCACGCAGAAGAACAAGUAAUUGGCCAAGUGAAAAGAUACUUAGCACACUUGAAGAAGAAACUUCAUGUUAUGUUGUUCCGACUGGAAACAAAACCUCUUCAGCGUUCGACCUAGAGUGGAGAUUAUCUUUUGUUGAAAUUGAACGAGAAUUGAUGUGGAGCAUGAACGAUACACAAUUUAAGUGUUAUGUUUUGUUGAAAAUUGUCAAAAAGUAUUAUUUUGGAGAUAAUACUAUUCUUAAAGAGAUAUCGUCAUAUCACAUUAAAAACAUUGUUUUUUGGAUGUGUGAAGAGCUUCCUGAGAGUGAAUGGAUUCCGGGAAAUUUGCUGUCUUGCGUUAAAACCGGACUGAAGAUGCUUGAACUCUGUAUCCUGCACGAAAAUAAUGCCAAUUACUUUGUGCCAGAAAAUAAUUUAUUUCACACUAUGAAAUUUUCACCAAACGAGAAGACAGGGGCGAUUAUUAAGCUUCAGACUAUUUGCAAAUGUGAUCAAGAGUUAUUGAACUAUAAUUUGAAUUUAAAGGAUCGUCAAUCGAAUUCAGUUAAUGUACCUAGUGAAAUUCACGCCUAUAUUGAUAGAUGUAACAUAGUGUUUAACUAUUAUCAAACUGUUGAAGACAGUAGUUUCAUUAGAAAAUUUCAUACAAAAUUUUCAGAUGUUGAUCUACUUUUCCCAGUCAUCCGUAUUGCUCAGGCAUUAGCACAGCUGAAGUUAAUAAUAUAUGGCAAUGCACUUUUCACUACUGAUAUAAUGAUUGAAGUAGCGGUGGAGUCGAUUAAAACAGGUCAUGCUAUAGACUGCUUGACUGUUUCAAUCUAUAUCGCUUUUGUGUAUUUUAUGCACACCAAAUACGAGAAAGUUUUAAAAGUGCUGAGACCAGUUUUGUCGAAAAAUCUCUACAAGCUGUUUGUUUCUAACCUAGGGGUACCUACCUACAUCAACUUGAAUUCUGGUGCAAUGACUGAUAAAUGCAAUGAUGAAAGUUGCAAAGUUAAAGACAUCAGGCAUGACCGUAAGAACCUUGUGAUGCAUUUCAAUAUAGAAUAUCACAGAAAAGACAUGUUUCCAUAUCCCUUCAAACUGUUGUUAUAUAUUACUGGACGGAGAGCACAAUAUAGUUGUAAUCCAGUAGUUGUGAGCUAUUACCUUCUAUAUAUGUCAGAAUUCCAGUGUAGUUCAAGUAAAACGAAAGAAACAAGACGUUUGUUCGAAGAAGUAGUAUUGAAUAGCAGCCAACAGCGAAACUACUUUUUACAUCUUGCCCUACUGGGCUAUGGUUACUAUGCGACUGGUGAUAACGAGGCUGCAUACAAAUGUUAUGCAAAGUCUUUGAUUAUACACCCUUCGGUCAUCAACGUCGCUGUGUAUCUUCUGACAAUCUUACUGAAUGAUGUGUACAGAAAAAAUAAACAAAUAUAA